UCUUAAUUUAUUUUUCUUAUAUUUAUUGGCUGUCAUUUUAGAAAAAUAAACAAAAUUUUAAAAUGUACCCCAUGCGAUGCUUUCGACAAGCUGGCCGAAGUUGUAAGCAAUUGGUGCGGCUCUGCAGUCAGAAGGGCAGCGAAGAGUCCAAAAAAUGCGCUAACCUAAGAGCGGGUAACAUCUGCAGAGAUUCCAUAAAGAAGGAUGACAAGGGCGACAAGGGCGACACGGGCGACAAGUGCGACAAGGGCGACAAGGAUUCCAAAGAUGCCAAGGAUGCCAAGGAAAGUAAGGACAAUGGUCAACAUAAGGUUACGCUGCUGGAAGGCGAUGGCGUGGGCAAAGAGCUGAUCUCGUCUCUGAAGACGGUCUUCGAGGCGGCUCAAGUGCCAGUGGAAUGGGAUGUGGUUGACUGCUACAUGGUGGAUGGCAAGAUUAACCCGAAGCUAUUGGAGUCUCUGAAGCGCAACAAGGUUGGCAUCAAGGGACCCAUUGAAAUCAGAGACUUGAAGCAUCUGUGGAAAGCGUUCGGACUGUAUGCCUACGUGACUCUAUGCCGCAACCUAAAAGGUCAACAAUCGCGCUAUGGUGCGUUGGACUGUGUCGUCAUACGCGAUGUUAUGGAGGGAGAGUAUUCCGGUAUCGAGCACAGCGUUGUGCCGGGAAUAUUCCAGUCUAUCAAAGUAAGCACAUCGGCUGGCUCCAAUCGCAUUGCACGCUUCGUAUUUCGUUAUGCGAUGGAGCACAAGCGUAGGAAGAUCACUGUGGCACACAAGGCCAACAUAAUGAAGCUUACGGAUGGCAACUUUCUGAGCUCGAUGCGCACCGAAGCGCAAAAGCAUCUGGAUAAGGUGAAGUUUGAGGAGCGCUAUAUGGAUACGACUUGCCUGAAUCUGGUCAUGCACCCGGAACAGAACGAUGUACUUGUCUCGUCCAGCAUGUACGGCGAUGUACUUAUCGUAAUGGCCUCCAGCAUUAGUGGCGGUAAGGCGCUGUGCCCCAGCUUCUACGUUAGCAAAAAAGGGCUGCUCUACGAUACGCUGCUGAAGCCCACGCGCGACAUAGCUGGCAUGGAUCUGAUCAAUCCCACAGGCAUGCUGCUCUCAGCAUCGCAAAUGCUAACUCAUCUAAAACUGGACUCGUAUGCGGCUACCAUUCGCUGUGCGGUGGAACAGCUCUACAAGGAGACGGACAUACGCACCACGGAGCUAGGCGGCAGCUCCAAGUGCUCGGACGUUACUCAGGCAGUCUGUCAGUUUAUUUCGGAUGCGAAAAAAAGAUAGCUUUUUUACAUUUAUAUUUAUUUAUAUUUAUUGCAUAAUGGCUACAAGAUUACAAGGCAUACCUAAUUGAAAAUUAUGUAAUUUAUAAAUAGUAUUCAUCAAUACUAAAACACUCAAAAU